CCGAUACAUUACACGGAUCAUUUUCAGUUGGCCAUUAACUGAGAAAAAGGGAAGAAAUUCUUCAGAAAAUUGGAGCGAAACCGGCCUGAAUCUAUCGAUGAACAAACGGUGAACAAAGUUUCUGAUUUUCAGUCGCUCGGGGAACUAAAUUUUCAGGCGAAAGACGUCUUCAAGAGUUUUAAUUUUUCGCUGCGUUUGUCUUGCUCUGUUCGGCAUCGAAGAAAUCAAAAACGGAAGUGCAGGUUUCAGCUCAUAAAAUGUUGAUGGGUCAUGCUGAGGGGCUGCCAAAGCUUGGGUCCGCGAAGGAUUUGCUGCUUUCCGAUCAUGUAGCAGAGCAAGGAGUCGAUGAAGAAGCUGAAGAUCCUUCGCAAGUUCUAUAUACAGCUUCAUUUGAGGAACUUGCGUCAAAGAAUGUUCAGUACGAUACAAUAAUAUGGCUCUCAAUAUCUCUGCUACUAGUAUUGGCAUGGGGUAUUGGUGUAGUUAUGCUUCUUUAUUUGCCCUUUAAACGAUAUGUGCUUCAGAAAGAUAUUGCAUCCAGGAAACUCUACAUUACAUCAAAAGAAAUAGUGUACAAGGUAUCUAGACCUUCGUUUAUACCCUUCUAUGGAGAAACCAAAAUCGAGAAGCAUAUACCACUAUCCUUGAUAAUUGAUAUUAUAAUUGAACAAGGGUGGUUGCAGUCAGUCUAUGGAUUACAUACCUUUAGAGUUGAAUAUAUCUCACAUGGUAAAGCAGCACCUGUUGAUGAAUUACAGUUUCAAGGGGUUAAUAACCCUGGAUUUCUUAGGAAGGUUUUACUAACGCAGACUUCAAAGGUUAUACAAGAUGUUGGCAAAAGCUGGAAUCCCAUAAGUGGAGGUGAAAGCAUGUAUCGUAUGGAAUCUUUGACCUUGGGUCCAGCAGUUUUGAGGUCGCCAACACCAUCUAAAGGCCGGAGGAUAAUGGGUUCCCCUCACCAUCCUCCUAUGGAGCCCCAAGGCAUUGUACCUACUGGUCUGAUGCUCCACAAGCUUGAAGAAGUUAAUAAGUCAGUGAAGAAACUCGAGUUUCUUAUUGAGAAAACUCAGGCCUCCAGUGGACCAAAUCCGGAGAAUGCAUGAGAAGUUGCUCGAUAUUGCUGGCCACCUUUGAUCUCUUUGGGAAAAGAAGGUGACAGGAAGAAUUGAAACACAUAGUGUAAAUAGACAGAUAUUUCAAUACAGAGAAGCAGGUGGAGAUGUUCUGUGUCCAUUAUACAACUUGAAAGUGCAUGUGCUAUAAAUUUCCAGGCCACUUGUGUCUGGUGUAGUUGUUUUGAGUUUGCCUGUAGAGUUGGAACAACUAAUGAUCCAAUUAUACAGAUAGGGAUGGUAAUGGAUCGGGGUCUAAGUCGGGUUUGGCAGAACCGAACAUCUAAUCCCGCAGGAGUUUUUUGGACUUGGAUCCUACCCCACCCGACCUGGCCGGGGCCAGACCAUUCCUCAGUAAUCCCAUUGAAUGUCAUCCAUUUCUGAUAUCAUGGGGCCUAUAGAUGUAGUGAAAUGUGAGGGUAAUUCUUCAUUCGUUGAUAGUUCUGGACAUGUUUUAUUUGUUGUUGUAAAUGAAAUCAAGUUUUGAAUU